AAGGCUUCGCUCUAACAAUGGCAACUGAGAAAAAUUCUGAUGGGUAUGAAGGGUUGCUACCUUUAUGCUUGAGGUGGGUGAAACCCGUAUUUGCGAAGCUCCCGGCCAUGGCGGUCAAGCUAGCGAAGGACGACCCAAGAAGAGUAGUUCAUGCUUUGAAAGUUGGAUUAGCUAUAACCUUGGUGUCUUUCUUCUACUAUUUCAAACCUUUAUAUGAUGGAUUUGGAACGUCUACAAUGUGGGCUAUCGUCACUGUCAUUGUCGUCUUUGAGUUUUCGGUUGGAGGGACGCUAGGAAGAGGUUUAAAUAGAGUUAUGGCAACGUUUUUAGCUGGGGCCCUAGGGUUUGGAGCUCAUUAUUUGGCAAGCUUGGGUGGAGAGACUGGCCGACCAAUAAUGCUUGGCUUGUUUGUGUUCGUCCUAGGUGGAAUAUCAACAUUCAUACGAUUCUUCCCAAAGAUAAAGGCAAGAUACGAUUAUGGGAUGCUGAUAUUCAUAUUGACAUUCUGUAUGGUAUCACUAUCAGGAUAUAGAGACGAUGAAAUUGCAAAGCUUGCAAUUAGUAGGAUUCUAACUAUUCUCAUUGGUUGUUGUUUCACUGUCAUUGUUUGUAUUUUUGUGCGACCUGUUUGGGCUGGCACUGAUCUUCAUUAUUUGGUCGCCACCAACAUUCAAUCUCUUGCCAUUUUCUUUGAAGGCUUUGGAGUUGAAUAUUUUGGAUUAUCAAAAGAAGGAGAGGUUUCCAAGACCGACAUGCAAAAAUAUAGAACUAUUCUAAAUUCAAAAUCAAAUGAAGAAUCGUUAACUAACCUUGCAAGAUGGGAGCCUCGUCAUGGCAAAUUUAGAUAUCGUCAUCCUUGGAAGCAAUAUUUGGUAAUUGGAAGCUUAAACAGGGAGUGUGCCUAUCGCCUUGAAGUUCUUAACGGAUGCCUCAAAGCUAACCAAUUUCAAAUGCCAUCACAAGUCCAUGGUCAAUUCCAAGAGGAAUGUAGGAAGAUAUGCAGUGAAUCAAGUCGUGGGUUAAGAGAAUUAUCAUUAGCACUAAGAAAAAUGGUUCCUCCACUAACAGCCAAAGCCCACAUAGAAAAAGCAAAGAUUGCAGCUGAGAACCUCAAGUCCCAUUUGGAAGAAUGGAGAUUUGAAGAAGUGAAUAAUGCUAUGGAGAUUGUUCAUGUUAUUUCAUUGACAUCACUUCUAUUUGACACAAUUUGUUGUAUAGAGAAGAUUGUGGAUUCCGUUCAAAAGUUAGCUUCAAUGGCAGGUUUCAAGGCUGUGGAAGUACAAUCAGGUGUAGCACCACAGCAACAAAAUGAUUUGCAAGAUGAAGGUUCAUUGCAGCCAUGCCAUGGAACUACUAUUCUUUUAGCUCAUCAUGUCAUUACCAUUGAUGAAGAAACUCCUUGUUAAUGCUUUGAAGCAUUUUCAAAUAAG